AUGAAAAGUACUGGUAACAUGUUCAGCAUGGUUGAAGCUAUCACUGUUCUCACAAUUCUCAAGAUGUUGGCGAACGCUCAGACAACGUGUAAUGGAGGAUCCGGCCGGGUUGUUUAUGAAAGACUUCCGGAUCAUCAGCUCCAAGGAUUCGAUGAUGAAGUGGUACGCGACUCGGCUCCACCGUUUAGGGUUUUGGAAAAAUGCCAGGAACUUUGCUUGCGGGACAGAACCGCGACCAACAAUCUAGUACGACCGUGUACUAGUUUUGAUUUUCAACCAGGUAGCAAAAUAGCGUCUUUCAGCGGCGCUGCCGAAUACGAGGAGAGUACUUGUUAUCUAACGAGAGAACAAGCUCAGCCAGAAGGCAUCGGAAAUCUUAUGCUCGUCCCUAACAGCAUACAUUUCACAGAAGUGUGCCUAACAUCAAAUCGGAUAGAAAGAGAGUGCCCGAAUCGUCGAUACGUGUUCGAGAGGCAUCCUCGGAAGAAAUUGAAACUGCCGAUAACAGAUAUCAAGGAAAUCAGCGCAGCCAAUAGGACCGAAUGCGAGGAUCGAUGCCUGAACGAAUUCAGUUUCGUGUGUCGGUCAGCUUCUUACGACGCGGCCUUAAGAAGUUGCACCUUGAGUAGAUUUACGAGAAGAACUCAUCCGGAAUUGUUGGAGGACAACCCCAACUCCGACUACAUCGAGAACACCUGCCUGAAUGCCCAGCGACGUUGCGACGGUCUUACCGUUUUCGUUAAAGAGGAGAACAAGCGUCUCCGCGGUCCCUUUGAAGUGGACAUUUACACGAACCUCACGUUAGAAGAGUGCCAGUCUCUUUGUCUGAGGGCGGAAAAGUACUAUUGCAGAAGCGUGGAAUUCGACGAGCAGACGCGACAAUGCGUCAUUUCGGAGGAGGAUUCGGUAUCGCAAAAGGACGACAUAGGAAUCAGCACUAGCCCGAGUCACCAUUUCUACGACCUCCUGUGUCUUGACAACCAUCCACCCCUAGCACGAGGAUCGGAAUAUCCCGAUAACACGGUAUCACCCCACGUCUUCGGGGAACCUCGUCGACCGGAUACGGCUUUCCAGCGUUUCCGGAACUCGCGACUGAGCGGGGAAUUUCACUCGGAGAUCACCGGGAGGAGUCUCAGCGAAUGUCUCGACGAAUGUCUCAGACAGACGAGUUUCCAAUGCAGAAGUGCAGUUUACUCGGACCACUUUCAGACUUGCCGUCUGAGUCGCUUCAAUCAGCGAGAUGGCCACCGAAUAAUUUACGACGCCGAUUAUGACUACUACGAGAACCUGAUGCAUCAAUAUCUAGAAAGUGAUCGAGACAGUCCAGGAUAUCGACCGGAUCCUUUGGGACAGGACACGAAUUUCGGCCGGCCAUCAUUGGGAAGACCCGGAUACGGAGACGAUUACGAGAAAGGGUACGCGGGAAGUAAAGGCGUGGGUUACUCCGAUCGUUAUCCCGACCGUUAUCCAUAUCCAUACGACCGAUAUCCAGACGAUAGGUAUCCGGAUGGAAAUCAUUACCCGAUACCGGACGAUCGUUACCCAUCCGGCCCGAGUCAGUAUCCGGUGGUGCAUAGACAUCCAUAUGGAGGAUAUCCAGGAUCGAGCAGAUAUCCAAGCGGAGGAGGCCAUUAUCCCUCUGGUCCUGGGAAUCGUUAUCCCUCGGGAUCGGAUCGUUAUCCAACAGGUGUAGAUCGUUAUCCCACCAGUGGGGAUCGUUAUCCACCUGGUGGGGAUCGUUACCCACCUGGUGGGGAUCGUUAUCCAACGGCUCUGGAUCGUUAUCCUGUCUCGGAUGACCACCCGGAUCGUUACCCCGUAUCCCCAGGAGGUAGCCGGCCACCCUUGGAUCGCCCCCCACCUGGUGAUCGAUAUCCUAUCAGAAGUCCAUAUGUUCCCCAUGACCGAUAUGCUGCAAGUGGCCACGGGCCCUACCCCAGCGGUUACGACGACGACGUGCACGGGGUGAAAGAUUACAAGAAUCGUCCUUACUACGGAAACGGGCCUUACGGGUCUGCUCGCCCUUUAGGGCCGUACGACAGCGGAUACGGGGACGGGAUCGUCGGGGGUGGAUACGUCGGCGAGGAAGGGGUUUACCAUUCUCGGCCCUCCGGCCUUAAUGGCGGUCCCAUAAUCGGCAGGCCGCCUCUUUUAUCCCGUUGCGACGAGCAGGAGAAUUUCCGCCAGGUCGGACAGCGGACGAGAGUCCGUAAACCGUUUAUCCGGCGAUACACGACGGCAUCUACAUUGGUUAACUGUGAGAGGGAAUGCGCCGACGCCAGAGACUUCGUCUGCCGGUCGUUCAAUUUCAGGCCGUACGCAGCGCCGUUCGGCGCCGAGCGGGACAACUGCGAACUAAGCGACCGAGACUCUAGAGACAUGGACAUGGGAAAUCCCGUAUAUUACGACUCCACCUCGGAUUACGACUUCUACGAGCGCAAUAAUGGCAGACAAGGACCCGAUGGAGAGUGUCUGGACGUGAGCCAGGUUUGCAGCGAGGACGGCAUGGAGUUUACCCUGAGGACACCGGAAGGGUUUAUUGGCAGGAUAUACACUUACGGGUAUUACGAUCGCUGCUUCUUCCGCGGAAACGGCGGGACCGUAAACGUCCUCCGAAUUAGCGGGGCUCAAGGAUAUCCCGAAUGCGGCACGCAACGGUACGGAGACACAAUGACGAACAUUGUAGUGGUACAAUUCUCGGAUUACGUGCAAACCGGAAGAGACAAGCGAUUCAACUUAACGUGUCUAUUUCGUGGCCCAGGAGAAGCGGUUGUCACUUCCAGCUACAUCGGUGCAGGGUAUGAGGAAGAUCAAUCUUCCAGGUCCGGAUCGCCGAUACCUAUUGAAUAUCUCCCAGCAGAGAAUACCUUGAGUUCGCGGGUGAGAUUAAUGAUUCUUUAUCAAGGAAGGCCCACCACGACCAUCGCAGUAGGAGAUCCACUAACAUUCCGACUAGAAGCACAAGAUGGGUACAACUACCCUACUGAUAUUUUCGCCACUAAUGUCAUAGCGAGGGAUCCGUACUCGGGAAGAAGCGUACAGCUGAUCGACAGAUACGGCUGCCCGGUUGAUAAUUACGUCUUCCCUGGUCUCGAUCGGCUUCGAAAUGGAGACAGCCUGGAGGCUCGGUUCAAUGCUUUCAAGAUACCCGAGUCGAAUUUCUUAGUUUUCGAGGCGACUGUUAAGACUUGCAGAGACGGAUGUCAACCGGCUUAUUGUUCGAGCAGUGCCGGAAGAAGCGAGCCUUCGUUUGGCAGGAAACGAAGAGACGUGAAUAACGAGACUCUGUAUCUAGGAAAUGAAACGAUUGCAAGCUCGACUAGUUUUCCGAGUCUUGGUAACGAUACCAUGGAAAACGACGAGUCGAUGCAGGAAGAACUCGAAGAGGAACAAGUGAGAGAGAUGAUCGAGGUCUUUGACUCCAGGAUGGACAUGUUAGAAGACAACAUUGUUGAGAAACAAACGAAGCCAAUCGAGACACUUUGUAUCGCCCCGAAUGAGUACUACGGACUCGUAACCGCCGUUGUCGGUCUUGUCAUACUAUUGUCAUCUGUUGUCGUUUUAUCCAUAUUUGUUUACAGGAAGUACGUGUAUUCCGUAAUUCGCAAGAACCGGAUACUGGACAAAUCGACUCGUCAAAGUAACAAUUAUCGCGGGUCUUGCAGUAGUACGCCGGUUCAAAACAAUUUUUCCUUUUUAUCGGGAGGCCUUCACAAGCAAUUUCGGUCCAAGUAAGCGAUUACAAUCGUGUUUGGUGGGAUAUUUCUUAAAAUAAUUUUUCUUUUCAGUACACUCGAGAGGACGGCAGGCUUAUCCACUAAUCGAAGGAACGUUUUCGAUCCCAGCGAGCCGAUUUAUACGGAUCCGUCAUUGUUCGAAGUACCGCAUUGUUCGCCAAGCAUGCCUUCAUCUGCUCGUAAUGAUAGUUUUCACUUAGUAUAGGAAAUUAGGAAAACGGCACCCCGACUUGCGACCAUCGGUACAACAGAAAUCUUGAGCUUGAGCAUUGUGUCGGACCGAUUGUUUUAAGGCGGUAUGAAAGGGUCAUUCUAUAUACACAAAAUGUGUAUCCGAACAUGUAUGAACAUUUGAGUAAUAACUUUGUACAUUUCAGAGACGGAAUUUAUAUUACGGGCAUUGUUAAGGUCAAAAGAUGUUAUGAUUAUACAUCGCGAAUAACCAUACCGUUCACCAACUAAUACUAGUAUAGUGAUAUGAUUUAGCGAGUGGAGUCUGUAAAAACGUGACUAUUAAUAAGUCAAUUGAAUCAUUUCAAUGAAAAUACAUUCUAAACGAUAGCUUUUCUCCUGCUGAUAUAGAUUUCAUAUUUUCGAGUGAUAUGCUACAGUUACUGCCGACAAUACAUAAAUUAAGUAACUCUUUCAUGUAUCUGAAAUAUCCGCUUGUUAUAAAAAACAAAAGCUACUUAAUAAGAUGGGAUGUAUUAUCCUAACAACUUAAAAAGUAUUUUUUUGAUGAAGAAUAUUACAAUGAUACAACGUUACGAACAUGAAACACUUGAAUAACAGCAGAAAUAUAUUCUUUGUGAAAUA